UCUCUCUCUUACUCCCUCAGUGAACAAACAUCCAUCGAGAGAGAGAGAGAGUGGGAGCCGAGCUUCGAUUUUUUUUCCCCCAUUUUCCAUGGCGAACUUCCAACAUGGGUCCUCCUUCUCCAGUCUCAGAGCUUACCUCCACGCCCUCUCUCAGACUCCUUCCCGGCUCGCCCGACGGGCUUGCUCCGUCUCCUCCUCCUACGAGGAGAUGAGCCGGGUCCGGUGCUUUUCCGGCUCGGACAUGGCCAAGACUCUCCGGUGGCCCGACCUUGUCGGGUUCGGCCUCGGCGGGAUGGUCGGGGCGGGAGUCUUCGUGACGACAGGGCACUCCGCACGGUUCUACGCAGGUCCCGCCGUGGUUGUGUCCUACGCCAUUGCCGGCCUCUGCGCCCUUCUCUCCGCCUUCUGCUACACCGAGUUCGCCGUUGACAUGCCCGUCGCCGGCGGUGCCUUCAGCUACCUCCGCGUCACCUUCGGCGAGUUUGCGGCGUUCUUGACGGGGGGGAACCUGAUAAUGGAGUACGUGACUUCUAACGCCGCUGUCGCGAGGAGCUUCACGGGUUACAUGGGCGCCGCCGUCGGAGUCUCCUCUGCCAACUGGAGAUUCACAGUCGGUUGGCUUCCCAAAGGCUUCAAUGAAAUCGAUUUGGUCGCCGUCGCCGUUAUCUUGAUCGUAACUCUCAUCAUCUGUUACAGCACGCGGAAGAGCUCGGUGGUGAACAUGGUCCUGACAACGCUGCACCUGUUGUUCAUCGCCUUCGUGAUCCUAAUCGGGUUCUCUAAAGGGGAUUGGAAGAACUUCACUGAGCCGGGCGACCCCAAGCACCCGGGCGGGUUCUCCCCUUAUGGCGUGUCGGGGGUCUUCAAUGGGGCGGCAAUGGUGUACCUGAGCUACAUUGGCUACGAUGCCGUCUCAACCAUGGCCGAGGAGGUCAAGAACCCGAUCAAGGAUAUCCCGGUAGGGGUGUCGGGCUCAGUUAUUCUAGUCACGGUCCUCUACUGCUUGAUGGCCGCAUCUAUGUCCAUGCUCAUGCCUUAUGAUAUGAUAGAUGAGGACGCACCAUUCUCCGCGGCGUUCAGCGGCGGAGGAGGGGGAGGGCGGCGGUGGAGGUGGGUGUCCAACGUAAUAGGGGCUGGGGCCAGCUUCGGGAUCCUGACGUCACUGUUGGUGGCGAUGCUGGGGCAGUCACGCUACAUGUGCGUCAUCGGACGGUCCAGAGUGGUCCCCGCUUGGUUCGCCCGGGUCCACCCCGCAACAUCAACGCCCGUCAACGUUUCUGCUUUUCUCGGAAUUCUGACCGCAGCUAUAGCGCUUUUCACCGAACUGAAUGUCCUCCUGGACCUCGUAUCGAUCGGGACCCUUUUCGUCUUCUAUAUGGUGGCAAACGCCGUCAUCUACCGGCGCUACGUCUUCACCCCGGCGACCGUGAACCCCUGGCCAACCAUCUCCUUCCUUGCUUCUUUUUCCCUCACCUCAGUUAUCUUCGCCCUCGUGUGGCAGUUGUUCCCCCCGGGCAAGCCCAAGAUCCUCAUUCUUUGCGUGUGCGGGGUUGUGGCGAUCGGUAUCCUGCAGCUGUUCCACUUUACCGUGCCCCAGACCCGGAAGCCUGAGUUUUGGGGCGUACCAUUGAUGCCCCACGUCCCAUGUGCAUCCAUCUUCCUCAACGUUUUCCUUCUUGGGUCCCUCAAGGGUCCAUCCUAUGCCAGGUUCGGGAUUUUCUCGGCCAUCCUGGUGGUUGUGUAUGUUCUGUACAGUGUCCAUGCUAGCUUUGAUGCGGAGGGUGACGGGUCGAUCGGUCAAAAGAGCAGUGAUUUCAUCAAGAGCUCGGAAUCUCAUGGUGAUCAAGAAAGUGGUGACCCAAUUGGCCUCAAAGCGUAGAGAUAAUGUCUGUGCUUAGGCCCCUUUUUUGGCUCAGUGACCCUUUGGAGGAGCCCUUUGUGUCUGUUUUGUUAUAUCAAUGAGGUUCUCCAAAAGGGCUGAAAGAAAGAAAGAAAGAAAGAAAGAAAGAAGAGUAAAGAAGAUUAGCAUACUCCUCUUCUUUUUCUUUAAAUGUUUUUAGGGCACAAAGGAUAAUUUUGUGCAAGCUCUCAAUGCAAUGCUGAAAGUAAAUUAGUUAAUUCCCUAGUUUUUAUUCUCCCUCUCUUCUUGGUUAGUUUUUUUCACUCAUAUACUUAAUGUUGGUCGGAUUACAAGUUUUUCUCACCCAAUUACUAAUUCGGGCAUUGGUUUGCAUA